UGAGAUGAAAUCAAGACUCAUGCAUAAACACGUUCGAGGCAAUAGAAUUCACUAUUUCUCAUUAAGGAAUUUUUUUUUUUGGUGAAAACUCAUUAAGGAAUUUAGUUCGCCUCUAUGGUAUCCAAGGUUAUGGAACUAUUCCUCCCAGGAUAGAACGAACGUACCUUUUCUGACGUACCGGUACUUGAAACCCCAGAUGCCAGCGAACGCAACAAACAGCGAGAAGUCACAUGACUCUAUUUUAUGCAUUUGUAGAGAGGAAAAUUUAAUGAAAAGAAAACUAAUUUUCUUUCUUCCGACCGAAAAUCCUUUUAGGAAAACUCGCUUCUGAAAGCAGAGGGGGUUGGUGUUAUUUAUAGAAAAUGAAGGGGGGGGGGGGUGAAGGGAUGUGACCCUUCGGGUGGGUGGUUACACCUCAACCAACACAUUGGUUCACUUUAAAAUAAUGAACCAUUGCAUCGAUUCAGCCCAUGGUAGUUGGAUCGGUUGGUUCACUCCAAUGACCAUAUCGAUCUAGUUCAAAUCGGUUUGGUUCGGUUGGCUACACAAACUAAUUUGACCAAUUACCAAAAGAUUUACUCAAAUCAAUUGACUGAAUCCAUGGUCUCCUUCCCAAAGAUAAUCAAUACAGUAUUCCAAAAGCUUCUCUUGGCUAGGGAUGACAGGCAAACCCAUAACCGCGGGUAUCCAACCGUCCCCGACCCAGUCAACGCGGGGAAUCCCUGCUUUGACCGGGUAUUGGUAAAACUUGCAAAACGCUUGAUGGGUAUGGGGCGGGUAUGGUUUUAGCUUCCCCCGCCCCAUACCCAUACUGAUACUCGCCCCAUCAGGUGUAUUUCUUCGCAUAUAAAAAAACAUUGAUUAAAUUGUAACCUAUCAAUAAUAGUGAGGUAACUCAAGAAAAUAUUUAGUAGAAAUGUAAUUGGAUGGCCACCCAAAUCAAAACCUAAUUCCAUUUCCUCGACUCUCACUUCACUAUUUCAUUUUCCCCAUAUUAACAAGGUUAUGUUUGUUAGUUAUUACUUAGUAGAUGUACUAUAUUAAUAGAAUAAUAAUUUGGAUUACAUUGUAUUCUAUCUGUAUUGAUUAGUGGAUGUUUUAGGAUAAGAUGCUUUGAACCGUGUUAAGAAUGAUUAUCUAUUUGUCAACUUCAUGAUAUAGUAGGUGCGUUUAGUGUUAUAAUUGAAAAUUUACAUAUAAAACUUUAGGUUUUAUAAUGUUGGAUAUACGAGGCGGGUAUUACUGAUGGGUAUCCGAAACCCUCGGUAUCGGGAUGGGUUUGCAAAACCUUCCUCCACAUGAGUAUAUGGGACGAGUAUGGAUUUGAAUAUAUGAAAGCGGGAUAGGGAUAAUUUAGGGCUUUUGGCAAACCCGCCCCAUUGCUAUUCUCUAUUAUUGGCUCCUUCCAAUUUUAUUAUCAUUCCAAUCAUUAAAAAUCCCAAUAAAAGUAGUGUUUAGCCGAAUUAAAGUGCUGCAUGAAGUAAAAAAAAAAAAGAUUAUUUAUAACCGGCUGCCUCAGAUUUACUUGAUGAGGGUCGGGUGGUCCAAAUAAUUUUGGGGAUGAAUAAUUUAUCUAUCACAAUUUGUAUUUGGUACAAAAAAAAAUCUUAUAUAGGAAUAGGAGUAUUAGCCGUAGGCAUAAAACAAAAGCGAAGAGAAAAAGAAAAAGGAGGAAGACCGGAAGAAAUGGCGAUGGCAGGUGGAUGGAGUGGGAGAUUAGUUUUAUCAUCAGCCUAUGAUAACAAUAAUAAUCAACGUAAACAAUUUAUUCCCACAAAGCCCAUAAUUUUAUCUUCGACCUCUCUCGAUCUUCCUCCUCGAGCUACUGCUGCUGCUUUUCUGCUCCCCGCAAAAAGACUGAGAAGCUCUGAGUCUGGGCAGCUGCUGCCGCGGCGGAUUACUGUUAUGGCGGAGGGUAAGGGGACGGCCACUACGAUAACUGAGAAAUCAGGAAUCAAAAUCGUCAGAAACCCUCCAGAAUCCAAACUCGCCGACCUCGGCGUCCGCUCUUGGCCCAAGUGGGGUUGUCCUCCAAGCAAGUUUCCAUGGACAUAUUCGGCCAAGGAGACAUGCUACCUUCUGGAGGGAAAGGUGAAGGUUUACCCUCAAGGAUCGGAUGAAGGCGUUGAGAUCGCUGCUGGUGACUUGGUUGAGUUCCCUAAUGGAAUGAGCUGCACUUGGGAUGUUUCUGUAGCCGUAGACAAGCACUACAAGUUUGAAUGAACUCUUUUCUUUCCUACUUAGUUUGCGCCUAAUAACAGCCUAAAGCAAAUGAUUGGCAAUGCUUGUCUGCCAAAGUAUACAUUGUAUUAUCCAGAUAGCUGUUGGGUUGCCUUGCUUAUUUCUUUUCCGGCUUAUCGCUCCGCUCCAGUAAGGAUGUUAAUAAAAAUACACCUUCAUUAACUGAAAUGCUAAAUGUCGUCCUAUCAUUACUAUUUGUCGUCCUAGAAUUAUAAGAUAAUUUACAUAUUUGUCCUAAUUUGAAAUUGUAACCAAAUCAAACACUUCCUCCUUACCCUCGAUUCGCUAUGCCUACUGCCAAAUUGUACCAAAUACAUUACAAAUAGAUUAUGCUGGAGGCA